GUGAUCGAAGGAAGCAUAAUUUGAAGCCUUUCAAACAAAGAAUGAAUACCAUUAUCUUAUUCUUUCUCUUUCUCUCAUCUUCUUCCAUACAUACAGUUCUUUCCCGAUCUCUAUUUAACUUUCAAAAGCUUGAUUUACCAUCAACUUCAGUAGGUCCUGAUUCCAUCACCUUUGACUCCUUCGGUAGAGGACCGUAUACAGGCAUCUCUGAUGGUAGAAUUGUCAAAUAUAAUACAUCUUAUUUCGUAGAAGUGUACAUCACUUCACCACACAGGACAAGUUCAAAAUGUGAUGGGACAGAUAAUCCAGCUAUUUUGGGACCCAUUUGUGGGAGACCAAAAGGUCUAGACUUCUAUUACAAAGAAAAGAAGUUGUAUAUUGCAGAUGCUUAUAAAGGGUUUCUUGUGGGAGAAAAGAAAAGACUUGCAGUGCCAUUAGCCACUGGGGCAGAAGGGGUGCCUUUUAAGUUUCUCUCUGGCUUAAACGUUGACCAACUCACUGGAGAUGUUUAUUUCGCAGAUGCUAGUUCUGUAUUCCAACUGAGCCAAAUAACAGCAGCAGUUCUAGCAAAUGACAGAACAGGAAGAUUACUAAAAUACAGCCACAGAACAAAACAAGUAUCAGUGCUUUUAAGGAGGCUUGGCGGAGCAGUGGGAGUGGCAUUAAGUUCUGAUGGCUCGUUUGUUCUUGUGAGUGAGUACAUAGCCAAGAGGAUCAUAAAAUUUUGGCUAAGGGGUCCCAUGGCUUUUAAGUCACAAGUUAUUCUCAACCUCCAAGGUAACCCUACAAACAUCAAGAGGACCCAAGUAGGAGACUCCUUUUGGGUGGCAGUUAACAAAAUGAGUCUUGGUCUGACUGUUCCUAUAGCCAUAAACAUUAAUGAAAACGGUGUCGUUUUGCGUACUAUACCUCUUGACCGCUAUUAUUUCAAUACUACCAUCAGUGAAUUUAGCCAGCGUGGUUCAAACUUUUAUGUCGGAUCCCUUCAAGCUGAUUUUGUUGGUGUGUUGAAGAAAUGAAAGAGUUAUAUACAUAUAUAAUUAGACAAAAAAUAAAUAAAUGAGCAAUUAUUAUGCUUUUCUUGUUGUUACAAUUCGAAAAACUAAUGUGUGUGAAUCUUGCAAUCUCUAAAUAAAGUUGCUACAAUAUAAGAUAUAUUACCCA